AUGGCUAAUGUAAAUGAACUGGCAACUGCUUCAAUCAUGAAGAGUGAAGCACCAAGGGGAAUCCCAAAUGAUGGAACUGGCGUUAUCCAACUUGAUCCAUGGCUUGAACCAUUCAGAGAUUCUUUAAAGCACAGAUUUUCAAAAGCACAGCAAUGGAUUAAAACCAUCGACGAUACUGAAGGUGGUAUUGAGAAAUUUAGCAGAGGUACCGAGAAGUUUGGAUUCAAUGUCGAUAAGAAGAACAACAUUACAUACAGGGAAUGGGCUCCGAAUGCAACACAAGCAUUCUUGAUUGGUGAUUUUAACGACUGGAACCGCGAGUCUCACCCUAUGAAGAAGGAUCCUUAUGGGGUUUUCGAAAUUGUUCUACCCGCAAAGGAUGGCAAACCAGCUAUCGCACAUAAUUCUAAGAUCAAGAUCUCUAUGAUUACACCUUCCGGCGAACGAAUUGAACGAAUUCCUGCAUGGAUCAAAUAUGUCACGCAAGAUCUCUCCGUCUCCCCAGUUUACGACGCUCGAUUUUGGAACCCACCUGAGUCCGAACGAUAUGUCUUCAAGCAUCCCAGACCAAAGAAGCCAGAAAGUGUUAGGGUAUAUGAGGCACACGUUGGUAUUUCUUCCCCAGAACUACGGGUUUCCACAUACAAGGAGUUCACAAAGAACAUGAUACCAAGAAUACACCAUUUGGGUUAUAAUGUUAUUCAGCUUAUGGCUAUUAUGGAGCAUGCAUAUUAUGCAAGUUUCGGUUAUCAAAUCAACAGUUUCUUUGCUGCAAGCAGUCGAUAUGGUACACCUGAUGAGCUGAGAGAGCUUAUAGAUACCGCACAUGGACUUGGUAUCACUGUGCUGCUUGACGUGGUUCACAGUCAUGCUUCCAAAAAUGUAUUGGAUGGGCUCAAUGAGUUCGAUGGGAGUGACAGCUGCUAUUUCCACGAGGGUCCUAAAGGAAAGCAUGAGUUGUGGGAUAGUAGACUUUUCAACUAUGGAUCUCAUGAAGUCUUGAGAUUCUUGCUCAGCAAUUUACGAUUCUGGAUGGACGAAUACAACUUUGACGGAUUCCGAUUCGACGGUGUUACGAGCAUGCUUUAUACCCAUCAUGGAAUUGGAACGGGGUUCUCUGGUGGUUACCAUGAGUACUUUGGUCCAUCUGUUGAUGAGGACGGUGUUGUCUACCUUAUGAUUGCCAAUGAGAUGCUGCACCAACUUUAUCCAGAAUCGAUCUCUAUUGCAGAAGAUGUUUCGGGAAUGCCCGCUCUGUGCUUACCAUUAGCACUAGGUGGCGUAGGGUUUGAUUACAGACUUGCUAUGGCCAUUCCUGAUAUGUGGAUUAAGAUCCUCAAGGAAAAGAAGGACGACGAAUGGGAUCUCGGAAACAUCUGCUUUACUUUGACGAACAGACGUCAUGGUGAGAAGACUAUCGCAUACUGUGAGAGUCACGAUCAAGCAUUGGUCGGAGAUAAGUCCAUCAUGAUGCAUUUGUGUGACGCAGAGAUGUACACAAAUAUGUCAAGACUUACAGAGUUCACGCCAAUUAUCGAGCGUGGAAUGGCAUUACACAAGAUGAUUCGCCUCCUGACAUCCGGUCUUGGAGGCGAAGGUUAUCUCAAUUUCGAGGGUAACGAAUUCGGUCAUCCAGAGUGGCUCGACUUCCCUCGUGAAGGUAACAACAACAGCUUUUGGUAUGCUCGUCGUCAAUUUAACCUUCCAGAUGAUGAUCUUCUUCGUUACAAAGCAUUGAACGAAUUUGAUUCCCACAUGCAACAUCUUGAAGCAAAGUAUGGAUGGUUACACAGCGAUCAAGCUUAUAUCAGUUUGAAGAAUGAGUCUGAUAAGGUCAUUGUUUUUGAGCGAGCUGGCUUGUUAUGGAUCUUCAAUUUCAACCCAACCCAAAGUUUCGUAGAUUACAGAGUUGGUGUCGAACAAGAGGGUACUUACAAAGCUGUUCUCAACACUGAUACCAAGGAUGUUGGAGGAUUCGAAAGAAUUGAUUCUUCAACACGCUUCUUCACAACACCUUUUGCAUGGAACGAUAGAAAGAACUUUAUUCAAGUCUACAUUCCAACCCGUACAGCAAUAGUUUUGGCACUUGAAUCUACGGUAUAA